AGCAUCGUUCCUGGCCAGCCGGUGACGCGUCUGUCUGGCUGAAAAACGGAUUUAGACUAAAGCAACCGAAAACCGAAGGACUAGGAGCCUUGCAGGGGGAUUAAAACAUUCACCGUCCUGGAGUACACAUAUGCCUUUUUUCUUAGAUUUUUUUUUCGCAACUGCUGGAAUUGGAUCGCGACUUUUUUUUCCUUCCCUUUUUUAAUAUUUAGAAGGCUAAAGUGGGCGGAUGUGUGUGUGUGUGUGCGUGUUUUUUGUAGCUCUUCCUCUGUUUGUCACAUCUUCACCGCAUUGAUUUCUUUACUCUGAGCAGUUGUCUCUUCUUGAAAACCUGGUCCGGCGCCUUCCACCACCUCUUUUUCCGAUCACUCCCCCACCUCCCCCCUCCCUCCUUCUUUCUUCGACUCCGAAGAUGCCCAGCUCACUUUUCGCCGACCGCAGCGUGCAGGGGGAUGCGCUGGACGAGCAGAGAGCCCUCCAGAUCGCCCUGGACCAACUCUCUCUGCUCGGGUUAAGCCACGACGACGACGACGACAGCCGGGAGCCCCGAAGAAAGAACGUCAACAUGACCGAGUGCGUUCCGGUGCCCAGCUCCGAGCAUGUGGCCGAGAUUGUGGGCAGACAAGGUUGCAAGAUUAAAGCACUGCGAGCAAAAACCAACACCUACAUCAAGACUCCUGUCCGAGGUGAGGAGCCAGUUUUUGUAGUGACAGGGAGAAGGGAGGAUGUGGCAAUGGCCAGGAGAGAGAUCAUCUCGGCGGCAGAGCAUUUCUCACUGAUUCGAGCUUCUAGAAACAAAAACACCAGCUUAAAUGGGAGUGGUACUCCAGUCCCAAGCCCCCCUAACUUACCUGGACAAACCACCAUCCAGGUGCGAGUACCCUACCGUGUAGUGGGUCUUGUUGUUGGCCCCAAGGGCACUACAAUUAAACGCAUCCAGCAACAAACUCAUACUUACAUUGUGACUCCCAGUCGAGACAAGGAGCCUGUGUUUGACGUUACAGGAAUGCCAGAAAAUGUGGACCGAGCCCGUGAGGAGAUUGAAGCUCACAUUGCCGUGAGAACAGGCGGUCUUAUAGAGGUCCAGGAUGUAAACGACUUCCAUGACAAUGGAACAGAUGUAGGGUUUGAUCUGAAUGGGCACCCUAAUCUGUGGUCGAAACCCAGCGCAGGGAUGACCCCCAGCUCAGUGUGCAAAACCUUCUACAAGUACCGCAAUGACUCGUCGUCCUCCCUAGGAAGCGCCUCCACUGACUCCUACUUUGGCACUAAUUCCCACAUGGCAGACUACAGUCCCCCCAGCCCUGCUCUGAGUUAUACAGCAAACAGCAUUAAUUGUAACAUCAACAACAACAAUAAUAUCAGCGUCAACACAAAGAGCAAUGGUUUUGUUUAUGGAAAUGAGGCAAUCUCUCCUGACUGCACGGAUCUGACUUCUGAUUCCCCGCCAGGGUUUGAACCUAUGCCAGCCCAACCUGCGAUUUUAUGGUCUCUGUACGAAAAUGAAAACAACCCUCCUUUGACCAGAGGCAGUUCUUCCACCUACACGACAUCUAUUUAUCCUGACAAUUCCAAUGGCAUGCUGAUAAAUCAGAGAAGAACAAAUGGAGACGGAUCCCAAUGCAGGAUGUCACCCACCCUCCACACUGGUCCCAACCAACACCAGAUGGCUCCCAGGGUCUGCAGUGACCUGAGUGAAGACUUGCUAAAUUUCUCUGGCUAUGUCAACAGCGUUGCCUCCCUGACACACUCUCAUCUUGCUUGCAUUCCAUGUGACUCCUCUGCCUCCUCUUCCUCCUCUUCGUCAUCCACCAGCCGUAAAGGCAGCCGGGACUGUUCAGUGUGCUUUGAAAGCGAGGUCAUUGCAGCACUGGUCCCCUGUGGACACAACCUCUUCUGUAUGGACUGUGCCAAUCGUAUCUGUGAGCGAAGCGAACCCAAAUGCCCCGUCUGCCACACCAGUGUUACUCAGGCUAUACGUAUAUUUUCAUAAGAAUGUAACUCUUGAAUCAGACCUUUUACAGUAGAUACCGAUCGGCUCUUCAUAUUGCUUUAAUAGAAUCAAUAAUCUUCAUCAGUUUGGAAUGUGUACAUAGUACUACAUACAGGUACACGUGCUGUAUGUUAGAGGUUGUGGUAUGAAAAGGAACAGAAACACUUUUGAGUUUGUUGGGUUAAGUUAAAGAGUUUACUGUACCUGAAAUAUUUUCAGCAUCUAGAUGCAUGUUUUAAAUAUCACAUAAUCAUAAUCAUUAACUCUAGUCAAUUGUACCUAAGACUUGUGGGACGAGAAACAUUGGAGUCUGGAAGAAAGUAUGCGGAUCGGACUCAAGGCUGUUUGCAGGGUGAGCCUAAUGGACUGUAAUAAAGACAGUUAACAGGAGCUGGGCAAAAUGGGACUAUUGACAUACAAAGAUACUUCAGAUCCUGUUUACAGAAAUAUCCUGCAAAUUUAUGUAUAGAAUACAUUUUAAAUGACAACAGAUUGAAGUAUUUUCUCCUUUUUUGACUUGAAAAAGUAUAUUUCUUUAUUACAGAGAUGUUUACAGAUAUUUUUAGUUCAGUGAAACUUUUGAAACUGGGAUAAAAUCAUAUUUUUUAGUAUGGCCCAAUGGCAAUGAUCACUGUAUUAUUUUAAUAUCAUAUUCAUGUGUGGGGGGAACCAAGUCCACCAAAUAUGUUUUGCGUUGGACAGUAUUCUGUUGAGAUGAGGUUUUAAUAGUUUCAGCGCAAUUUUAAAUCUGCUUUACUUAUCGUAUUUUUUAUUCAGUAAUAUAAAGCCAAUGUUAUUCUAUGUUUAUGAAACUUUGAAAUGUGCAAAGAUGAACACAAAGAAACAAUUUAUGCUUUUUAAAAUUUGUAUGUAUUAGAUUUUGGUGGGAAUUACAGGAUUCUGUUGCACCACUGUACUUUUAGUAUUUCUAUUUUGAUACAUUUGUUUACCACUUGCUUAUGUAUUUGUAGUUAUUUUACUGUAAAUGUACUUAAUUUUAAGAUCAAAUAUAUUUUAUUUUAUGAUAGAGGGCCUGGAAACUCAUGGUCAAACACUAACUUUAUAUUUCCUGAGACAAGAUUUUAAAAUGUAUCAAGAGUUUUUAUUUUUCAAAAAAUUUAAAAUAAUACAUGAUAGGUAAUGGUGCUACUUCACGUUUUUGUUGUUUUUUUUUUAAUAUUUCUAUACAAAUUAAAUAAAAACAUUGUACGCUUGA